GAAUCGUAGAUCUAAAUUCGAUCCGGUGAUGGCGAGAUUCUCGGUGUAUGGAGGAGACGACGGAGAAGGAUCAAGCGACCAUCAAUCCCGGAAGCGACAACGACUUCCAUCCAUCGAUGAAGAUGAAGAAGACGCCGAGGACUCUGACGCCGGAAGUUCCGGGGAAGAAGACGAAGAAGAAACUCAGAACCCUCAUCGUGACGAAGAAGAUAAUUGUAGAGGACUGAGAAUGGAAUCUGAAGAUCGAGUAUCCACGAGCGAUGAUAGCGAUCGUGAAGUGGUGAUAGAGGAGGAGAGACGCGUAAACAAUCAGAGUUCUUCGAGCAGAGAUUCGCCACUUUCCUUAACGCUUUUGGAUCCGGAUGUUCUCGAUUGCCCAAUUUGCUGCGAGGCGCUAAAGAUUCCUAUCUUUCAGUGUGAUAAUGGUCAUGUAGCUUGUUCUGUGUGCUGCACCAAAGUGAGGAACAUAUGCCCAUCUUGCACAUUACCCAUCGGUUACAUUCGCUGCAGAGCCAUGGAGAAGGUUAUAGAAGCGUCUAGAGUCUCAUGUCCUAACGCCAAAUACGGGUGUAGAGAGUUUAUGCUAUACCGAAACCGGUUUAGCCACGAGAAGCUCUGCGUUUACAACCCGUGCUCCUGCCCUGUGCUUAACUGCAACUUCACUGGCUAUUACAAGGAUCUCAACCACCACGUCCGUUCUAAACACAGAGACGACGUGAUCCCAUUUGUGUGGGACAAUUGUUUAAGCAUUAGCUUGGACCUCGACAAGAAGACCACGAUACUUCAGGAAGAAAAUGAUCGGGACGUGAUUGUAGUUCAAGUUUUCAAGGGCUUGCACGUAGUGUAUGUCACUGUGAGCUGGCUUGGGCCUUUGGCACCGGAAGUGGGAAAGUUCUCAUGCUAUCUGCUAAAUCUAGCCGUCGAUAGCUCGCUGAGACAGGGAUUCAUGGUGAAGAACAUUCAGAAAGUGAGGAAUGAACAGCCUAAAGAUGGUUUCAUGGUGAUUCCUUCCUAUAUGCUGUCUGGUGAUUGGAUGAUUACGAUUGGCCGUGGCCAGGACUUUGUUCAUAAUCAUAUGGAAUUCGAAGAGAAUUCAAUUUGGGGAUGCUAUCAAACCGGACUAACCGGGUUUCAGAUACCAAUUAAAAAGUCGGUUUUAGAUGAGAAUGGACAAUCUGGUUUGUCGAUUCAGUUCUACUAU